CCCACCUGGAAGCGCCCCGGCGCCGCUGUCGAGCUUCCUGCGGCGGCGGCCACACGAGCCAGUGCCGUGGCGGGGGCGGAGAGCGGCCACAGCGGCGGCGCCUCCCGGAGUGGCCUGCGGCGCUCGGCCCCGCGCGAAAGAUACCAAGUUGUGCUAGUACAGCCAUAUAAAUAAUUAAUACGUGAAGUCUCAAUGUAACAUGGACAUUAACAGUGAUGACAGAUAAAUGCAGACGCUUGGGAAUCAAAUACUAGGCGAAACACUGUAAAAAAAAGUGUAUUAGGCUUCUUAAAAGAAGCUUAAUCUGCCUAAUCAUCUGAAUGAUCCUGUUUAUCUUAAUACUGAUAGGACUCAGAUAAAGGAAUUUAGGAAGUUCUAGUAUUCUCCAUGGCUGAAGCUGAGAGUCUGAAACCCUGAUGCUUAAGCUCUAUUCUAGAUCAUAGCUCCAACUCCUUCAGGAUAUAAAGAAAAGAGAUAAUAUUUCCACAAUGAUAGAUCUUUGGUUGUACAGGUUUCCCAAUGAGUGGAUCAUGAUGACCGUAUUGUAGGGACUUGCCAUAGUAUGGCUGCUUCCCGAUCUACUCGUGUUACAAGAUCAACAGUGGGGUUAAACGGCUUGGAUGAAUCUUUUUGUGGUAGAACUUUAAGGAAUCGUAGCAUUGCUCAUCCUGAAGAAAUCUCUUCUCAUUCUCAAGUACGAUCAAGAUCACCAAAGAAGAGACCAGAGCCGGUGCAAAUUCAGAAAGGAAGUAAUAAUGGAAGAACUACUGAUAUAAAACAGCAAAAUACUCGAGAAUCAUGGGUAAGCCCUAGGAAAAGAGGACUUCCUUCUUCAGAAAAAGAUAACAUAGAAAGGCAGGCUGUAGAAAAUUGUGAGAGAAGGCAAACAGAACCCGUUUCACCAGUUUUAAAAAGAAUUAAGCGUUGCCUUAGAUCCGAAGCACCAAACAGUUCAGAAGAAGAUUCACCUAUAAAAUCAGACAAGGAGUCAGUAGAACAGAGGAGUACAGUAGUGGACAAUGAUGCAGAUUUUCAAGGGACUAAACGAGCUUGUCGAUGUCUUACACUGGAUGAUUGUGAGAAAAGGGAAAUUAAAAAGGUGAAUGUCAGUGAGGAAGGGCCACUUAAUUCUACAGUAGUUGAAGAAAUCACAGGCUAUUUGGCUGUCAAUGGUGUUGAUGACAGUGAUUCAGCUGUUAUAAACUGUGAUGACUGUCAGCCCGAUGGGAACACUAAACAAAAUAGCACUGGUUCCUAUGUGUUGCAGGAGAAAUCAGUAGCUGAAAAUGGGGAUUCGGAUACCCACACUUCAAUGUUCCUUGAUAGUAGGAAGGAGGACAGUUAUAUAGACCAUAACGUGCCUUGCACAAAUUCAGAAGUGCAGGUCAAGUUGGAGGACCACAAAAUAGUAACUGCCUGCCUGCCUGUGGAACAUGUUAAUCAGCUGACUACUGAGCCAGCUACAGGCCCCUUUCCUGAAAUUCAUUCAUCUUUAAGGGAUUCUGAGGAGGAAGUAGAUGUGGUGGGAGAUAGCAUUGCCUCAAAAGAGAAGUGUAAUGAAAACACCAAUAACGCCCUGGACACAAGUCUUGAGAGUAUGCCAGUCUCCGGAGAACCAGAACCAUCUUCUGUUCUAGACUGUGUUUCGGCUCAAAUGAUGUCUUUAUCAGAACCUCAAGAACAUCGGUAUACUCUGAGAACUUCACCACGAAGGGCGGCCCCUACCAGAGGUAGUCCCACUAAAAACAGUUCUCCUUGCAGAGAAAAUGGACAAUUUGAGGAGAAUAAUCUUAAUCCCAGUGAAACAAAUGCAACUGUUAGUGAUAAUAUAAGUGAGCCUCUCACAAAUCCUGACGAAAUUUCUCACAAUGAAAAAGGCAUAUGUUGUGACUCUGAAAAUUACAGGAGUGAAGGACUAAAUAAGCCAUCCUCAGAGACAAGACUCAAUAUUGGACACUUGCCAUCUGCCAAAGAGAGUGCCAAUCCGCACAUUACUGAAGAGGAAGAUGAUGAUCCUGAUGUUUAUUACUUUGAAUCAGAUCAUGUGGCACUGAAACACAACAAAGAUUAUCAGAGACUGUUACAGACCAUUGCCGUACUCGAGGCUCAACGUUCUCAAGCAGUCCAGGACCUUGAAAGUUUAGGCAGACAUCAGAGAGAAGCACUAAAAAAUCCCAUUGGAUUUGUGGAAAAACUCCAGAAGAAGGCUGAUAUAGGGCUUCCAUAUCCACAGAGAGUUGUUCAGUUGCCCGAGAUUGUAUGGGACCAGUAUACCAAUAGCCUUGGGAACUUUGAAAGAGAAUUUAAAAAUCGUAAAAGACAUACUAGGAGAGUUAAGCUAGUUUUUGAUAAAGUAGGUUUACCUGCUAGACCAAAAAGUCCUUUAGAUCCUAGGAAGGAUGGAGAGUCCCUUUCAUACUCUAUGUUGCCUUUGAGUGAUGGUCCAGAAGGCUCAAACAGUCGUCCUCAGAUGAUAAGAGGACGCCUGUGUGAUGAUACCAAACCUGAAACAUUUAAUCAGUUGUGGACUGUUGAAGAACAGAAAAAGCUUGAACAACUACUCCUGAAAUACCCUCCUGAAGAAGUAGAAUCCCGACGCUGGCAGAAGAUAGCAGAUGAACUGGGCAAUAGGACAGCAAAGCAGGUUGCCAGCCGAGUGCAGAAGUAUUUCAUAAAACUAACUAAAGCUGGCAUUCCAGUCCCAGGCAGAACACCAAACUUAUAUAUAUACUCCAAAAAGUCUUCAACAAGCAGACGACAGCACCCCCUUAAUAAGCAUCUCUUUAAACCUUCCACUUUCAUGACUUCCCAUGAACCACCAGUGUAUAUGGAUGAAGAUGAUGAUCGAUCCUGUUUUCAUAGUCACAUGAACACUGCUAUCGAGGAGGCAUCAGAUGAAGAAAGUAUUCCUAUUAUGUAUAGGAGUUUACCUGAAUAUAAGGAACUAUUACAGUUUAAAAAGUUAAAAAAACAGAAACUUCAGCAAAUGCAAGCUGAAAGUGGAUUUGUGCAACAUGUGGGCUUCAAGUGUGAUAACUGUGGCAUAGAACCUAUCCAGGGUGUUCGGUGGCACUGCCAGGAUUGUCCUCCAGAAAUGUCUUUGGAUUUCUGUGAUUCUUGUUCAGACUGGAAGAAGAAAAAGAAAACCCUUUUCCUCUACAGUUCAAGUAGCUGAUUAAAUGGAAUUUUGAGCAUGAUGUCACAUUUAGCUCCAUGAGGACAGAGACCAUCCAUGUCUAUCUUUAUCCUGAGGGCCUGGCUCUUAGUAGGUUCUCAAUAAAUAUUUAUUGGUAGUAGGACCAACGUUUUGGUUACAUUUUUUCUCUAGCAAGUUAGAGAAACCACCUAUGCCUGAGUGUGUUUAUGAGUGCACUGUGGGACCCUUAGAGGGUUUGCCUCCAGAGAUCUCCUUUACAGGGCUCUGGGAAGACUAAAGGAUUAUUACAUUCUAUCUUAUCUGGGGGAUGUGGUUCAAACCUGGGUGGCUGAAAUUUUGGUUCUCUUUGGAACCCCAUUCUCUGCCCUGUUUUUAGAGUGAUGUAAUGGAAACUAGCACGGGAAUUCUGGGUCCUAGUUUCAGUUGUGGAAGUGAGACACUGAAAAAACGUUGAGAGAGAACUGCCUUUUAUUGAGCACUAGGAACUAAUAAAUGAUUUACAUGUAUUAUUAACCCGUUAAUCCUCACAACACCUCUGAGGUUGCUUACUAUUGUGACCUCCACUGUACAGAUUAGAAAACUAAGGUUCAGAGGAUUUAAAUGUUAGCUUUCCAUAAUGAUUGCUGUGUGUGGGCCUAAGGAUACAGAGCCUUGUGCUUCUGAAGCUUAUAUUCUAAUGCCGAAGACCUGCAGUGAACAAGUAAGUAAAAAAUACUGUGUAAUUUUACACAGAGAUAAAUGCUGUGAAGAAAAAUAAUGCUUGAAAAAAAGUGAUAAAAGAAUCGUGACCAGUCUGCCAUUUAGAGGGAAUAGUCAAAGAACACCUCAACAACAAGGGUAAAUUUGAACAGAGACCUAGAUGGAGUCAGGGAAUUAGCCUUGUGGAUAAUCUGAAGGAAGAGGCAGAAGGAUAGAAAGGGCAAGGACCCUGAUCCAGUAGAGAGUUUGGCUUGUGCAGGCAACGUUAAGGGGGCCAUUGUAACUUGAAUCAAAUGAGCAAGAAGAGAGUGUAGUUGUUGGGGUGAGAGAGAGUACAGGGCCAGAUCAGGUGAGGCCUUGAAUGUAGAUCCUUGUAAAGGAGUUUGGACUGUGUUCUGAUGUCUUCUACAUGUAGACAAGGUCUUCUUCGAGGAGGAGAGACCUCCAAGGUCCUUUCCUGCUUUAAAAUCCUGUGACUUUAGUGAUGUCAUGUCAAGCCAUUCAAAUCAGUAAACCUGUUUUAACAGUUCUGUAGAAGACUGCCUCUAGAUAAUUCUUCCGGGCGAAGCCAUUUACCCCUGCUGAUCUUUUACAAGAGGGCAGCCAACUGCAUCCAUAAAAGCCAUGGCUGGGCUUGUCUGCUGCCCUGCUGUCUCUCAGAGCUGUGGUGGGCAUGGACUGUGUUUACCAAUAUGUGAUAUGUGUUUAAAUAAUGUUAAUCCCUACAAAGAAUCAUUUUGUGUUUUCUGGCACAACUGAUAGUUUUCAUCCUGUAACUCUCUUUUUCUAAUCUGCUCAAAUAUUCCUUGUGCUCCCCUGUAGAGAGUGUUACAACUCGGGAUAGUAAUAAAGUAUUUGAUAACUGUGUGAGUUGUAGGAACAUGCCCCUUUUUGUUAAUAGAGGUGUAAUUGUAACCAAAGACAUUUAAUUUCUUCUUUAGCAAACACUGACAUUUCUGUUUAAGAAUGACUGCUAGAGUAAUAGGAAAUAUGAAAAUUACCAUGUAUCGUGAAUACACUGAGAGUUCUCUCUGUAAUAGCUCAAAACUGAUCUAUGGCCAAAAUUAAAACCAUAUGAGCAUAUCAUAAAUCUCAACUAUUACU